CCCCACACUCUAACGGUCCUGCAACAGUACACUACGGAUACAAGUGAUCCACGGAGGACGGAGGCUAAGAAGAGCGAGAUUACAGGUCCCGGCUUUGACACUGUCCGCUGCCUACACCGUUCAAGCCCAAUCCCUAGUGUAAUAGGUCAGGUCUAUCUGUCGGACAGUCGGAUACUACAACUGCUUAUCGACGAAUAGAUUCGGGGAAGAAUACUAAUCACCAUUCAGAGAGAUACACAGAUUCCGUAUUGGCUUCAAGUAAUUGUCCGACAUGGUGCAGAAAAAAUGCCUAGAAAAAUGGAACGUCGCCAUACCCAGCUUGUUCCGCGUGUCUCGCAUUACUCGGCCGAGUAAAUACGUGGAGGAUGCCCGGCCCAGCCUUGUGGGCCAGUGCUCCUGCUUUCCAUCAGGGCGUCCCAUGCAACGUUCCCUCCCUUGGGCUUCAAACCAAGAGCCCUCUAAAGCAAGUGAGAUUGCAACGGAUAUUUCCAACGGCGGUGCGUUCCCAAUUGUUCAUGUCGCCACGGAUCGUCGUUGGAUCGUCUGGUCGUCGGCCGUCUCAGCAACUCGCAUGAAUCCUCAUCGUCCAAUGACUUUGGAGCGGCACUUUGAGAGAAAACAUCGACAGACUCGACAAACUUGCUCGCGAGGGGCACUGGCCAGCGUACCGAUUCACGGCUUGGCCGAGCCUAGGGCCACCAUGCGCGAAGGCGUUGGGGUGAACGUGUCUUCAGUCAUAUGUUGCUCAAGAGCCGCGAGUCUCAAACAAUUGGUGCCGGAACCCUGUGACCAACAUCGUUUCAUAGCUGGGGUCUCUCAUCGCGGCCUGCCAAGGAGGCAUAAAGUCUGUCCAUGUUCGGAACGAACAUGUACGUCCUGGCAAGGAAAGGAUGGCGUCACGGAGUCUGAUUGCCCUACGCGCAUGAAAGCGAGAGACCGGAUGGCAGUAGACGUGGCCGGGUCAGGGCUCAUGAGGCCGUUUUAGGUUACCUGUCGACAACAUGAAGCUAAACGACAGCAUCCAACAUGAGCUUGGCAUGAACCUGGGGCUCAUCUUUUUUGGUGGUCAUGGGGCUCAUCCUCACGCCUGGUGCGAUCUGGGGUCGUUGCCAGGGUCGGGCGAGCCACCUUGUUUCGUCACCUUUUUUCGGUGUUUGAAA